ACUUUCGCCGCCUGUUCGUUAACGACGAUUAUAUUGCCGCUGUGACCAUCUACUUGGAUGUCUUCUUCCUCAGAUACGAUGCGGUAGACAGCUUUGACUUCUAGAUCAGAUACACCCAUCUGGAGUGCGAUGGAUGUUCAGCUAUACGUUUACGACCUUUCACAGGGUCUCGCAAGGCAAUACUCUCGCGCCCUCACUGGCAUUCAAAUCGACGCCAUCUAUCAUACAGCAAUUGUCUUUAACAAUGUAGAAUACUUUUUUGGUCAGGGUAUUCACAGAAAGAUCCCCGGAUCUACUCACCAUGGAAGACCCAUACAAGUUGUCGAUCUGGGCAAGACGCACCUUCCUAUCGAUGUCGUCGAGGAGUAUGUCGAAUCAUUAGCAGAAAUCUACACUCCGGAAUCCUACGAUUUGUUCCUGCACAACUGCAACAAUUUCAGUCAGGAUCUGGCCAUGUUUCUCGUCGGCAAAAGCAUUCCGGAUGAGAUCCGGAGUCUGCCAGAGACAUUCCUCAAGACACCCAUCGGGCAGAUGUUGCGUGGCCAGAUUGACCAGUCUAUGAGGAAAAUGACCCAGGCUCCUGAUGCUGUCGCCGGUCGGAACGUUUCGAGCAGCUCAGCAACAACGAAACCCAUACCCAAACCAACUACAAAUGGCGCCAGCACCACUCCAAUAAGCAACGGCACCACACACAAACUACCUUCCACAGCAAUCAUCAACGCACAGCCUCCAUCAGAGACUCCCGGACAAGUGCACUACAUCUCCUCUCCAUCCGAACUAGACCGCCUCCUCGAAGCAGCUCGCGACUCUUGCGCGGUGAUCUUCUUCACCUCAGCCACCUGUCCACCCUGCAAGAUUGUAUAUCCCACAUAUGACGAACUGGCAGCCGAAGCCGGUACAAGAAGCGGUGCGAAGUUGAUCAAGAUCGACAUCUCUGCUUCACCGUCAGCAAAUGCUGUCGCACAAAGAUACCAAGUUCGCGCCACGCCCACCUUCAUUACAUUCCUCAAAGGCCAGAAGCAGGAGGAAUGGGCCGGCGCAAACCCAGCCCAGCUCAAAGGCAACGUCCGACUUCUCCUUCAGAUGGCACAACCGCCACAACAUCGGCAUUCGAGCCUAAGAUUGCCCACCUUCCAACGCACCAUUGGCAAGCCGAUCAUGUACACGCGCACACCACCAUUAGACAAGCUGCUUGCAAAGAUUGGACCCCAGUUCACGCAAGAUCAGUCUGUACAAGACCUCCUCGCUUACAUCAAGACGCGCGAUGACCAAGGCAUGACUGAAGCGCCGAUCCCAAAUCUCCACGCUUUCAGCGACCAUCUAGCCUCGUCCUUCGCCUCGUUACCGGCGAACACUCAUUUCGCUGUGAUCGACCUAGUCCGCGUUGCGGCCGUCGACCCUCGCGUAUCGAGCUUCUUCGCCGCCGAGCACGAACUCAAAACACUGUCUACUUUGCUAUCUGGUACAGGCUACAGCGACGACUUCUCAAAUGCGCCGUACAACAUCCAGGCCGUCUCCCUGCAACUUGCCUGCAACCUCUUCGGCUCGAACGUCUUCCAAGAACAAGUGUUUCGUGGCCAGUCCGGGUCAUCGAACGGUGGUUCGAGCCUGAAAGAUAAGAUCGAGACACUCGCCUCACAGUGCCUAUUGUCACCACAUGCCAAUGCCCGGUCCAUGGCCGCAGCACUGGUGUAUAAUUUGUCCGCGUACAUGCACAACCAGCGAAUGCACAACACCCCCGACGAGGAUGCAUCUCCGAACGACGACCUCUCCGCUGCGCUCCUGGAGUCCCUUACGAGUUUGUCGAGUGUGGUCUCAGGCCCUGCUUCUUCGGCCGCAAGUACCACGGAGACAUUGCAUGCACUUCUCCUGGCGUUGGGCAUGCUACUCUACGCGGCGCCACCAGAGGACAUGCUCUGGGAUCUCUGUCGAGCAAUGGAUCUGCGGGAGGCCCUCAAGGAGAUCAAGGCUUCUGACUUGGGUGUCAAAGAUGAGCCGCUUUUGAAAGAGGUUGGGGAUGAGUUGUUGGGUAAAGGGGCGUUCUAGUGAAUCGACCAUAUUUACUUUCAUCAGAGGUGAAUUUCCUCUGGGCGCCAGCGAAGGUGUUUGGGUAGUAGAAAGGUACAAGUAGACUUUCGGGCGUUUGUAUACAUGAUUAAAGUCUGCAGCAC